GGCGUGCACAUCAGGCUGACAAAAAUUCUUAUAAAAUGAGGACAAAACUCAAUUGGAAUCAGUCGAGUGGACUCAUCGAUCAGUAACGGUAGGAAGGAGAGUGUCACACAGCCGUUCAUUACCAAGUCAAAUUUCACUUAUUAUCAUGGCUAACUACGCCACAUUGCUGCUAUUGGCUGUUUCUUUGAUGGCUGGAGAGUCCAUGGGUGGACCGAUGGGAUCGUCUUCAUCCGGGUACUACACCACGCCGGCGUCCUACUACACCACCAAGGCUCCUGAUUACUACACAACGAAGAAGGCCGAGUAUUACACGACAACAUAUGCUUCCCCGAGUUACUACACAGAGCCUACCAAGUACUACACGACCAAAGCGCCGGAAUACUACACCACUACUUAUGCUGCUCCGACCUACUACACUGAAGCCCCAAAGUAUUAUUCGGCUCCAAGUUACUACACAGAGGCCCCGGUUUAUUACACCACAACUUACGCUACACCAAUCUACUACACCGAGGCUCCUAAAUAUUAUGCUGCACCCAGCUACACCACCACUACUAUUGGCUACUACACCACAACAGAAGCAGCCAAAUAUUAUACAGCUCCGACUUACUACACUGAAGCUGCUCAGUCUUACUACGUGGAGCCUACAUACUACACUGAGGCUCCAAAGUAUAACUCUGCCCCCAGUUACUACACCACUGCUGCUCCUUCGUAUUACGUUGAACCUAGCUAUUACACUACAACGUAUGCUGCUCCAUCUUACUACACUGAUGCUCCACAAUAUUACACCACAAAGGCUGCUGAAUACUACACAACUAAAGCCCCGGAGUACUAUACCAAGAAAGCUGAAUACUACACCACUACUUACGCUGCCCCUGUUUACUACACUGAGGCUCCCAAGUACUAUCCGGCUCCGACCUACUACAAAAGCGAAGAGCCACAGUACUACACCACCAAGGCACCUGAAUACUACACCACAUCAUAUGCCACUCCCAGCUACUAUACAGAGGGUCCAAAAUACUACACUACAAAGGCGCCCGAAUACUACACCACCACUUAUGCGGCUCCCAGCUAUUACACUGAGGCUCCAAAGUACUACUCUGCCCCAAGCUACUACACUGAAGCAGCUCCAAAAUACUAUUAGAGGACAACCCCCAGCUACUACACCACCAAGGCUCCCGAGUCCUACACAACGAAGAAGGCCGAGUAUUAUACAACAACAUAUGCUGCUCCUAGCUACUACACUGAAGCUCCCAAGUCCUACUCAGCUCCGAGCUACUACACUGAGGCUCCCAAAUACUACACCCCUAAGGCACCGGACUACUACACCGAAGCCCCAAAGUACUAUGCUGUCCCCAGCUAUUCUACUACUACCGCUGCUUACUACACCGAAGCAGAAGCAACCAAGUACUACGUAGCUCCGACUUACUACACUGAAGCCGCUCGGUCUUACUACAGUGAGCCCACUUACUACACUGAGACCCCUCAGUAUUACUCCGCCCCGUCUUACUACACCGAGCCUAGCUACUACACAACAACCUAUGCCACCCCAGCUUAUUACCCUGAAGCUGCCAAAUACUACUCGGCACCAAGCUACUACACUGAAGCCCCGGUACACUCUGCUACAUAUGCCAAGCCAAGCUACUACACCGAUGCACCACAAUACUACACUACAGCUUCUUAUUAUACCACUAAGGUCCCCGACUACUACACCGAAUCCCCCGUCUAUUACACUACGACUUACUCCGCUCCCGAGUACUACACCACCAAGGCUCCCGAGUACUACACCACCAAGGCUUCCGAGUACUACACCACCAAGGCUCCCGAGUACUACACCACCAAGGCUCCCGAGUACUACACCACCAAGGCUCCUGAGUACUACACCACCAAGGCUCCCGAGUACUACACCACCAAGGCUCCCGAGUACUACACCACCAAGGCUCCCGAGUACUACACCACCAAGGCUCCCGAGUACUACACCACCAAGGCUCCCGAGUACUACGCCACCAAGGCUCCCGAGUACUACGCCACCAAGGCUCUCGAGUACUACGCCACCAAGGCUCCCGAGUACUACGCCACCAAGGCUCCCGAGUACUACGCCACCAAGGCUCCCGAGUACUACGCCACCAAGGCUCCCGAGUACUACGCCACCAAGGCUCGCGAGUACUACGCCACAACGUAUUCUGCUCCCAGCUACUACACCGAGGCACCAAAGUACUACUCAGCUCCAAAUUACUACCAAACUGAAGCCCCCAAAUACUACACCACAAAAGCGCCAGAGUACUACACCACCACUUACUCUGCUCCCAGUUACUACACCGAGGCUCCAGCCUACUACACAACAUAUGCAACCCCAUCCUACUACACUGAGCCACCAAAGUACUAUUAAUCGUUAAAAUUGUGUUGUCCAUCUAGCUUGAUGAAGUGUCAAUUAGAUUUUGUUUUAUCAUUGGUAGUCCUCGUUCCAAAUUAAGUAUUUCCUUGAUAUAUAUUUAUGCAUUCACCAGUCGUUCCAUAACAUUGUGGUUUCUUAAUGAAAUGUUGAAUACAAAUGUAUAUCGUUACCUAA